AUGCCCUUCCAUCUGCCAUUGCGAUUCAAAAAGCCGGCGCGCUCCUCCAACACGUCGGGUUUCGUGACCGUAGGCUACUUUCCCAACUGGUCGAUUUAUCAGAAAGGGUUCAAGCCCCAGCAUGUGCCGUUCCCGUACCUGACGCACAUUCUCUAUGCAUUUGCCAACAUUGACCCUGCUACCGGCACCGUACAGCUGUCCGACGCAUGGGCCGACCAGCAGGUCAAGUACGAGGGCGACACGGAUGCGAGUGCGUCGCACCUGUGUGGCAACUUUUUCCAGUUCCUCCAGUACAAGAAGAGGCACCGUCACCUCAAGCUGCUGCUCUCGAUCGGCGGCUGGUCCUACUCGAGCAACUUCCGCGGCAUGGUCCAGCCCGCCCAGCGCGAGCGCUUUAUCGAGUCGGCGACACGCGAGGAGGCCCAGGCCUACGUGGCGCUUCUCGCGGGUCUGCGUCAAGCGCUUGAUGCGUAUGGCCAGCGGGCGACGCCUGGCCAGGCGCCCUACUUGCUCACGAUCGCAGCGCCGUGCUCCCCUGCGCAGUACAAGCUGCUCGAUAUUCCGGCGAUGGACCGUUACCUGGACUUUUGGAACCUGAUGGCGUACGACUUUAGUGGUAGCUGGGACGCUGCAGCGAACCACCAGGCGAACCUGUCGGGCGGCUCCGUGUCCGUCUCCAAGGCCGUCCAAGACUAUCAGCGGGCCGGUGCGCCCGCACACAAGCUCGUGGUCGGCGUGCCCCUGUAUGGCCGGGGCUUUGAUGGCACCGCCGGCGCCGGCCAGCCGUACGAGCAUGUAAGUCAGGGCUCUGCCGAGGGCGGCGUGUACAUGUACAAGGAGCUACCAAAGCCUGGCGCGCAGGAACACUUUAGCGAGCGCGACGGCGCGUCGUGGUCGUACGAUGGCCGGGAGUGGAUUUCGUACGACUCGCCGCAGGCCGUGCGCGCCAAGGCCGAGUAUAUCAAGAAGCAGGGCUUGCGGGGCGCCAUGUUCUGGGAGCUCAGCGGCGACCUGCCCGCAGAGCACGACCGCUCGCUCGUGCGCUGCAUGGCACAAACAUGCCUAUGA